CUCAUUUUAAAGAUGUUGUCAUUAUGGCUACUACCUGUGAUGCUUGUGGGCAUAAAACGAAUGAAGUAAAGAGUGGAUCUGGUAUCGAACCAUACGGAGUGAGAUUUAUUCUCAAAAUAGAGACUGAAGAAGAUUUAUCUAGGGAUGUAUUAAAGGUGUUUAAAUUACCUGACGAAAACUGUAAAGUUUUUUGUAAUUCUAUUCAGUCAGAUACAUGUGCAAUUUCUAUCAAAGAACUAGAAUUGGAAGUUGGAGCAGCUGCAUUUGGCAGUCGAUAUACAACUGUUGAAGGAAUUCUUUCGACAAUCAAGGAUGAACUAAAGCUGAGUAAUCCGUUAGCUACGGGAGACAGUGGAGAUCCAUUACUGAAAGAAAAGAUGGAAAGUUUUUUAACAAAAUUAGAUGAGAUUAUCUCAGGUAAAUGGAAAGUUACUCUAAUUCUUGAUGAUCCCUGUGGUAACAGCUAUGUUCAGAGUAUACAUUAUCCAAAUCCUGAUACAAAUCUGACUGUUGAAAAGUACAAAAGAUCACGGGAACAAGAUGAAGAGCUGGGACUGUUAGACAUGAAAGUUGAAAAUUAUGAAGAAUCUUAGUAUAUGUUCUUAUCAGUUUUACAUAGUUUUUAUGCAGUUUAGCAAUACUAUUGUGAUAUUUGAAAAUAAAUGUUAAUAUUUUAAACAUA